UGACCAGUUGAUUCUCAGUGGUCAGACCAUGCAACAAUCGUACCUUGUACGAUCGUUCUAUUUAGCCUUCAGUCUUGUCGAUCUUGACGCGUCUGUCGUUCCCUGUUCACCUGCUCGAACAUUGUUGUUUUCGAGUCAAUGCAAUCUCGUUUUUAUGUGUCUGCAUGUCGAUUCAGAUUGGAGAGUGCAGCCACGAGGGCAAUUGAGAAGACGACGUCAGCAAAAAGGAGCUAGGCUUUGUAGCAACGCGAGCAUAAACAGUAAUCGUUACAGAGUAUCAGCAAGUGAAGAUGCGGUCUGUGCAUACCUAGACUGCUGA